AUGAAUGUGGACAACGGGCCUUAUUUCUGUGGCCUGCUCCAGGAAGGCGUGGCAUUAGAGCAAAGGUUACACGGCGAGCGGAGCCGGAGACGAGACCAGAGGCCGAACUCGGGAUCUGACAAGACGGCCGGGCUGCCCCGCAGGAUUAUCAAGGAAACCCAGCGUUUGCUGGCAGAGCCAGUUCCCGGCAUUAAAGCAGAACCAGAUGAGAGCAACGCCCGUUAUUUUCAUGUGGUCAUUGCUGGCCCUCAGGAUUCCCCCUUUGAGGGAGGGACUUUUAAACUUGAACUAUUCCUUCCAGAAGAAUACCCAAUGGCAGCCCCUAAAGUACGUUUCAUGACCAAAAUUUAUCAUCCUAAUGUAGACAAGUUGGGAAGAAUAUGUUUAGAUAUUUUGAAAGAUAAGUAGUCCCCAGCACUGCAGAUCUGCACAGUUCUGCUAUCCAUCCAGGCUUUGUUAAGUGCUCCCAAUCCAGAUGAUCCAUUAGCAAAUGAUGUAGCCGAGCAGUGGAAGACCAAUGAAGCCCAAGCCAUAGAAACAGCUAGAGCAUGGACUAGGCUAUAUGCCAUGAAUAAUAUUUAAAUCGAUCCGAUCAUCAAGUGUGCAUCACUUCUCCUGUUCUGCCAAGACUUCUUCCUUUUUUGUUUGCAUUUAAUGGACACAGUCUUAGAAACAUUACAGAAUAAAAGCCCAGACAUCUUCAGUCCUUUGGUGAUUACAUGCACAUUAGCAAAUCUAUGUCUUGUCCUGAUUCACUGUUGUAAAGCAUGAGCAGAGGCUAGAAGUGUCAUCUGGAUUGUUGCGAAACGUUUAAAAGCAGUGGCCCUUCUCUGCUUUUAUUCAUUUCCCCAUCAUGGUUUGAGUAUAAAGCACUGUGAAUGAAGGUAGUUGUCAGGGUUAGCUGCAGGGGUGUGGGUGUUUUUCUUUAUUAUUAUUAUUUUUUGGUGG